AUGUUUCCCUUCCAGCAACAACCCACCAGCCUCUCUGUUACUCAGCCAUUACCUCCAGGUCCUCCGGCUGCGACGACCCUUCCCAAUCCUCUCGAGGUACCUCUCGCUCGUCGUUCCAGUUGUACACCUGUGCCGUCUGAACGUUGUUGUGCUGCUGAAGCAUCUGUCGUCGCUGCCGAACACCUACAGGCUCUCAGGCUCCCUUCCACAGACAAUCCCUUUCCGAACCGGACUCAUGGUCCGGUCCUAGGUUCGGCCAAGACUCAGAACCGAACCUCUCGAGAGCGAGUGGGGUCCUACCGUCCCAAGGUGUCGCGUUUUUUCUUGAUCAAUGAAGCCCUUCGUGCGACGGGCGCCUGCAUUGGAAUUUCCGAGGAGCAUUCACGUCCUGCAGCUUUCGUUCUAGACUUCGGUCCUGCGAGUGUCCGAUGGGCUCGAGGGGAGGUUGAGGCACGUCGUGGAAUACAUGGUGCUUUGGUGACAGAAGCGAGUGUUCUACGACCGGGGCGCCUGCUUGCACAGGAGGUCGUCAGCUCCCUGCCUUAUACCUGA